GCACACGAACGCAGACUCUGGCCAGAGCCGCCCUUGGUGUCAGUGGCCCGGCUCCCGCCUCUGCUCCGGCUGUCGUGCGGCCCCAGCACCUGUCGCUUGGUGUGUCCCGGAGCCGGUGACCCUGACUCCGUCGGGGCCAGGGAAGGCCAUGGUUUCCCUGCCCGGGUCCCCUGCGACCAGCUUGCUGCGGGUUUUGUUCCUGGGGCUGACUGCUCUCGCGCCCCCCUCGCGGGCCCAAGUGGAGCUGCACGUGCCCGCUGGCCUCACCAAGUUGCGGGCGGUAGAGGGAGAGGAAGUGGUGCUCCCGGCGUGGUACACCCUGCAAGGGGACCAAGCUUCGACCAAGCCCAAGCCUUGGGAGGUGCCCACCGUGAUAUGGUUCUUACUGGAAGGGAAGAAUAUGAAUAUGAGCCAGGUGUUGGCGCACAUCAGUGGGGUCACAUCAAGCAAACCUGGAGCAUCCCUGGUCUACCCCAUGCCCUCCCGGAAUGUGUCACUGCGGCUGCAGGACCUCCAGGAGAAAGACUCCGGACCCUACCUCUGUUCCGUGAACUUGCAAGAUAGUCAAGGCACUGUUCGAGGUCACAGCAGCAAGACUUUAGAACUCAAUGUGCUGGUUCCUCCAGCUCCUCCAUCCUGCCGCCUCCGGGGCGUGCCCCACGUGGGGACCAACGUGACCUUGAGCUGCCAGUCCCCAAGGAGUAAGCCCGCUGCCCAAUACCAGUGGGUGCGGUCGCCCCCAUCCUCCCAGGUCUUCUUUGCACCUGUUUUAGAUGCCAUCCAUGGGUCUUUAAACCUCAAAAACCUUUCUACUUCCAUGUCUGGAGUGUAUAUCUGCAAGGCCCACAACGAGGUGGGCAGUGCCCAGUGCAAUGUGACCCUGAAAGUGAGCACAGGGCCUGAGGCUACGGUGGUUGCUGGAGCUGUCGUGGGCACCGUGGUUGGAUUGGGGCUCCUGGUUGGGCUGGUCUUGUUGUACCAACGCCGGGGCAAGGCCCUAGAGGAGCCGGCCAACGAUAUCAAGGAGGACGCCAUCGCUCCCAGGACCCUGCCCUGGCCCAAGGGCUCAGACACAAUCUCCAAGAAUGGGACCCUCUCCUCUGUUACCUCGGCACGAGCCCUUCGGCCACCCCAAGGCCCUCCCAGGCCUGGCGCAUUGAGCCCCACACCCAGCCUCUCCAGUCAGGUCCUGCCCUCACCAAGGCUUCCCAGAACAGAUGGGGCCCGCCCUCAGCCAAUAUCCCCCAGCGCUGGGGGGGUCUCUUCCUCUGCUCUGAGCCGCAUGGGUGCUGUCCCUGUGAUGGUUCCCGCCCGGAGUCAGGCUGGGUCUCUGGUGUGAUGGCCCAGCCACUCGCUGGCUGGGCGUCCGGCUUCUCCUUCCUACAGGGGUCACCCCUAGCACAGAGGCCUGAGCCUUGGGAGGGUGGCCGCCUUCCAGACCUCUGGUCCUCUGCCCCCACCUUUCUUUACUAUGGGCAAACUGAGU